CAACUGCCUUGUAUAGAAUACCCACCAUUGGCCUUUUUAAAAAACCAACCCCAACUUUCCUUUCCAUUUCGGUGGGUCUCUUUUUUUUGUGGGUGGCUACUCCCAUCAUAUUUUAUGGCCACCGGAGCUGCCGCACCCGGCGAUGGGGUUUUCCGAUGUGUCUUCGACGGCUCCAUAGCCGGAUGCGAUACCGGAAUCGAACGACGGCCUUACCACCGCAACUGCAGCUGCGCUCUCCAUAAAUCUCGAAACCAUUGCUCUCAUGGAUGGCAAAAGAGUAAAAACGUUUCUUAUCCAAUGAGAAGGGCUUGGAGCGAAGGUUGUUUGUCUCUUGUGGCUUCCCCGAAUUCGUCGCCUUCUUCUUCUCCUGCCAUGGUGGGGAAGAGUUGUACUAAUAAUCAUCAAUUGGGUUUGUGUGAGGAAGAGGAGGAGGAAGAAGAUCAUCAUCACACUACUUUCAUCAUCAAGGUUUGAGUUUAAUUUAAUUUGGUGAUGAUCAACUUUGAAGAAUAGGGAUGGUUUGGUAAUUUUCAGUAUAUAUAUAUAUAUAUAUAUAUUCACAAGAUGAUGAGUUAUCCCUGUCCACCUUCUCUGUGUUCAAGAAAUAUCUGAGAAAAUUAACCCAGUUGAGAUCUGUGAAAGAUAGUUUUGUAAUCUUAUUUAAUGGACCGUUUUGAUACCGUUGUUGAUCAUCAAAUGGAAAGGAAAAAAAAAAUGAAAAAGCUUUCUAGCAAAUGAUUUCAGAUGGGGAUCGAUGAUUAAAAUCGUAUAUGGUCCGAUCAAAAUGGUUCAUAUGUAUCUUUUGUAAUUUGGUGAAAAUGGUGCUAAUCAAAUCCUUUUCAUCUGUAAUUUUAUUUAGUGUAAAUAAGGUGCAGAAUAAUUACACAUACUCCCUUUUCACAUCUAUGCAAUUCUGGGGGAGCAGGAUUA